CAUCCCAUUGGUGGUGUAGGGUGCCAAAGCCGGAGGGUCCUUAUCGGAGGGGUCCAGUGAUUGGUUGAUCGGGUCUGUGUGUGCUUGCAGCGCAGCCUUUCCGUUUGAAUGUGCUGGGGACUGGAGGGGAUCAUUUCCAUGGACCAUCUGUCUCACUGGCUACCCACACAACAAAGGACCCAGGAUGGUGUUAGUACAUGUUGGAUAUCUGGUUCUCCCCGUCUUCGGCUCAGUUAGAAAUAGAGUAUCGAGGCUGGCUCUACAUUCCGCAUUUCUCAGACCUUUGUCCCCCUCCAUUGUGUAGCUAACGAUCAUCUGCUGCUGUCUGCCGUAGCCUCUGCCUGUUCUCUGCAUCUAGCUGUAUUGUGAACCCCUUCUUCCUCAUUUCCUCUUUCCAUCUGAAGACGACAUUGGCAUUAAACCGAGUUCUCACUCAUACCGUAUCCUUCUGUGUAACAGACUAAAGAAUAACACCUUCUGUAGAAAACAGUUUGUCUUUAUUUAAACUGUCAUGUUGCUCUUCAGUGAAUAACCCAUUGUAGCAUUAGACUUUACUACAAACUGUCAUUGUGAUUCUCCCAUUCAGUGUGGAUAGACUACAUUUUGCUGUAAAUUUCUGUAAAGUGGAUACAUUUUGAUCCUCCCCGAUUCGAUUACAGCCAGGCUUGAUCGAACUCUUUCAAUUUUGUCUCCAUCCCCUAUUUGCAAAGGUGCAUUGUACCAGCUUUUGUAAUCAUUAAAGCACUUGUAUGAUCACCUUCUCUAAAUAAUUGUGACCAAUAAUCUUUGGUUUUCCUAACAUUCACCAAUUAACCAAUACCUGUAGUACUAAAACCACAGUGAUUUGUGUGAUGCCAUUUUCACCUUUGAUGGUCCACUGCACCUGUCCAAACGGCUGGUCAUAAUCCUAUCCAUGUGUGAACGCCUUUGUUCCUGCUAGAUGAAUUGAUUUAGUCAGUCACAGUAAAUUGGCAAGACUCGGCUCUAACUCAUCUUGCCAUUUGAGAAUCCCUGCUAUCAUGCACAGCCCCCCCUCCCCUCUUAAGUCUUUCCUCAGACACCUCCAGAAUGCUAUCCAUUUUACAGGGAUGUUUAUAUCCUGCACUGCUGUAGAACUCCUUUUAGAAUGAAAAUGUCUUUUAUUCUUUGGUUGUGGUUUUCUACCUUAUGUUCUUGUAUUAGAUCCUAAUGCAUGGUCAUUUUACACUUUUGUUUUUUUCACAUUGAACAGCAGAUUCCAAUGUAAACCUUGUGUAGAGAUGUCCCUGCUAUACUGAAAUGUGCUGUAAGCAUACACAUCUACUCAUUGGAUGCUGCUUCUGUUCUGUUAACCCUACAGAGAGCAUGGUCGGGCCUUGCCUUUUGGUCUUUAUUUGCAUGGUAUUAUUAUGAUUAUAUAUGAUAUACUACUCUUAUUAUUACUAUUAUCACACAGUGCCGCACAUACUAAUAUUUUCCAAUAAAGACUGUAGUUUUCUUUCUAACCUUCAGUGUGCUUUUUGCUGAUUUCCAUGUGUUCCUCCCCUCCUCCCUUCACACUGUGCUGUCACUGAGACGGUCCCCUCACUCUUUAUGUGCUCUCAUUUCUCAGCUGUCUUUGACAGAGUUUAUUCAAGUUGCUGCUCUGCUUACUUUGGACCUCCCUCACAUCCACUCAUUGGUGUUCAUUGACGAGUUAGCAUCGGAACAACUUUGGGCGAUAUGGAUCAAAUCUUCUGUUUGGGAGCACACUUCACCAGGCAUCAACACAGCCAUGCUACCUCCUGCCGACACUUUCACCUGGGCGCUCCCCAGGUGCCCAUCUCAGCAGAGUUCCCUCUAGGACACACCAGCCAGCCACCUCAGACAGGCCUGGCCACCCACCUGCCCCCGGCACACCACCCACCCCUCACUGCCCUGCCUGCACCCCCUCAGUUCCAGGAUGUGCCGGGGCCUCCAUUCCUACCUCAGGCCUUACACCAGCAAUACCUCAUCCAGCAGCAGCUUCUUGAAGCGCAGCACCGCAGGAUUCUCCCACACUCAAGAAGAACCCAGGAGCGUAUUCCCCUGAACCCUCACCGACUGCGCUCAGGUUAUGAGUACUCCCCUGCCCUCCAUGUUCCCCAGCCAAUGACACAGCAGCAGCAGCAGCGGUACCUGGCCGAAGGCACAGACUGGGAUCUCAGUGUUGAUGCCGGCCUCCCUCACCACCAGUACCAGCUCCAGCAGCUUCCGCAGCACUAUCAGCAUUACCUGGCCUCCCCUCGAAUGCACCACUUCCCCAGGAACACAUCCUCUGCACAAGUGGUUGUGCAUGAAAUCAGAAACUACCCGUACCCCCAGCUGCACCUGUUGGCACUGCAAAGUCUGAAUCCUUCGAGGCACGCCACCGCUGUGCGAGAAAGUUAUGAGGAGCUGUUGCAGUUGGAGGACCGGCUGGGGAGUGUCAGCAGAGGAGCAGUUCAGACAACCAUAGAGAGAUUCACCUUUCCACACAAAUACAAGAAGAGAAAGCCCCUGCAGUUGAAGAUUGCGGAGGAGGAGGAAACAGAUGUGGAUGAGAAGUGUACCAUCUGUUUGUCCAUGCUGGAGGACGGAGAGGAUGUCAGGAGAUUGCCCUGCAUGCACCUCUUCCACCAAGGCUGUGUAGACCAAUGGCUGGCCACCAGCAGGAAGUGUCCGAUCUGUCGAGUUGACAUCGAAACACAGCUGAACCCUGACAGCUGAUGAGAUUUAACCCCCCCCCCCUCCUUGUCAAUCACCCUCGUCUGGUGUGGUUUCUGCUUUCUUCCACCCCGGCUUGCCGGCUCUCCCCCCACCCCCCCUUGUUGGGUGCUUUGCCAAAUGUCUCCAGACUUCAUGUGACAUCACCACCCUUCUGACUCACGCUUUACUGAGCCAAGCCAGGAUAACUAACUUCAUGAGAGGCCGCAAAGGACUCUCUUUAUAUAGAAGCACAUCCCUCUGGAGGCAAAAGACACGCAGGCACACACACACACACACACACACACAUACUCAUGUACACAGGGUUUACUUGUAGCUUGCUGGUCGUAAGUGGGGUGUUGUUGCUGUUGUGGUGUUGUACUGUAGGUAGCCCCGGGCUGUGUAGCAUGUCCUCAAAGCCAUGACUUAAAGUCCUGUGAGUGGAAAACACAUAACCCCACACUGAGCUGGCUACUUUCUCUCUUUUUCUCUCUCUCUCUCUCUCUCUUUCUACAUAUAUCUCUCUUUCAAACACACUUCAAUCAAAAUGAAUAUUCUGCCACACAAGAAAGCUUAACAAAUGCUCUGAUGCCAUGUUUACCUAAAGAUCAUUUGUGGUCGUAGUAGAGUAGCAGUAACCAACAAGUGAUAUCUGGCUGUCGCCUUCUUGGGGGGACACGCACCAGCUAGCUGAGUGUUUUAAUUCUAUCAUGCAGCUUUGACAUUUUGCAAUACAGUUGUACAUUUACCUUGGGUUGGUGUCGUGUGAGUAGGUCUCUUUUACUGCUGUGGAAAACCGAGCCCAGUGAUCGAGUCGUUAAGUGUUUUGAAAAUUUAAAAUAUAGGUAGAAAGUGUUUUUACCAAAAUGCAUUUUGUCACGGUAUAGCUUGAACCUGACGCGCAGGUGUGUGUAAGUGUGCUCUGCUCUGUGUGACUUAAAGAAUAUGUCUAAAAAUGUGUGGAUGUUCAAAGAGUGUGAGUGUGUUUUAAGGGUUCGAAGCAACACCUCGACGUUAACUCACCGUAGGUUAAUAGCAUGGCCACUGGAGUGCUUAUAGAACACAAAGCCAAAAAAAAAAAAAAGGGAUGGAAAAUGGAAAAUAUUAGGCACUGCAGAGCAAGGUGGGAGGAAGACUUCGCUGCCCUUGUACCUGUAUCUUCCACCAGUGGCAGAACAGUAUGUACUAAAAUGCAUGUUUCAUCUUUGACUUGGGCUGUUAGCUUUGGUAGCGUUUCUUCAAUUUAAAAAGGUACAGAGAUGGCUUUGCAUGACUUAGUUAAUCUGAGCUGUGACUAUCUUCUCAACACUAACUAACAAAACAUAAAAACAGUGUCAGUGGCUGCUCCCCUGACUUGUAGCGUGUGUUCAUCCUGUCCCCUUUGGUGGCAACGACGGGAUCCUCUUUUUGAUGUUUACCUUAUUGCCUAAAGAACAAGCACAUGUGACAAUAGUUAUAGCAACACAAGUUUUUUUUUCUUGGUAUUGCAUUUGCGUUGGUUUAUAUUUAGGUAUAGAUUCAUGCAGUGUUUCAGCGGAGAGAGGAGCUUGCGUAUUGAUCUUGUGUAUUUGUGUGACAGACCUCCCCUCGUGGUUGCUAUGCUGGUUGCUAUGCUGUAUUGCUAGAACAUGUAGAACGUGGUACGACGGAGGCAGCCUCCCUCUCGCAGUGCACACAGACACCAGACUACAUUCAGGCUGUUUCUACUUGGUCUGACCAGUUUUCACUUCUUCUGUUUUUUACCCUUUGUGUCAGCCUGCCGUUUCAGUUCUACAGGACGCCUUUAGGACCCUCACUGUCCAAUGCACUGUGAUAGUAAAGGUUAAACCCAGAGACUCUUUUAGCCUUGUGGGUUAAGGAUCAAUUAACUCAGAUUACUCCCUGUCUUGUGCACUGCCAGUGUCGACACUGCCUCCUCCUGUAGUGGAGUCAUCUGUGAUGAAGUUUUCAUAGUUUACACAGGGUGUUGUCAGUUGAGAUGCCUUAAGUAUUUAACAAUCAUAAUUUAUUACUAACUGUAGAUAUUGUGGGUAUUUAAUUUUAUAUAGUUUUUUUUUUGUGGGGGGGCUGAAUCAUCAUUUAUUUAUUUAGAAAUAACACAAAAAUGCUAUGAAAAAAAACUAUUACCUCAUUUUUGCAUUGUUUUGGGAAUGCUUUGCAUGCAGUUGUACGUUUUGGAACACUAAAGAAGAAGAAAAAAAAAAAGAUCCCUGCUGUUUGAUCUCUACAAGCUGGCUGUGCGAUGUUUACUGUCAAAGGCUGAGCUACUGAGCCCGCUCUCCAUCUAUCCCCCUCUCUCUCUCUCUCUCUCUCUCUCUCUCUCUCUCUCUCUCUCUCUCUCUCUGUCUCUCUCUCAUGUGGUGCUGUGGAUCUCGGUUACAUUCCAUUCAAUGCAAUUUCUCUGAUCCCCCAUGCUGUGAUGUAGUGGACAAACUGCAAUCAAGUGAUUUUCUUUUUGUUUUGCACUCACUUGUUUAAAUAUGGGAACCCUCUCACUGGCAAAAAAAAAAAAAAAAAGGUUAGUUUAGAUAAUUUAAUAUUAUCACUAAAAACUCUAGCUUUUAUUUUUUAUGCUCUGCUUCUCACAAUGCACUAUGGGUCUUAAUAACGAUCAUCUGUGAAGCAUGUUACUUUGCUUUAACUCUUUGUAUCUAGCUUUGAAUUUUCAUCUCUCUGGUGUUUCUCUUCAGUUUGUAGACUUAAGCAUAACAAGUGCCUCGCUUUAUGUAUUAGGAGAUAUUUCCAUAUUACUGAAACCAUUAAUAACAAUCAAUCCAUGAAGCCACCAUGCCUUAUUGGUUGCAUAAUUAACUAAAAGAGUGAGUUGUGAAGGAGCUAAGACAACAUUUGACAGGUGUCUACAAAAGCCAUUAUCCUCAAAAUUUAAGUCAAACUGUCCAAACUAGCUGUUGGUUUGUAGAACUGGAGCGUUACAUAUUGUGGAAAUAGUUCUGACUAUAAAGAGGCAUGUUUCAUUGUGGGCUUUACAAAUACUUCAGUAAUCCUUCUUUAAUUCUGUUUAUCUUUUAUCCUUAAUUCUUCACUUGUUUUUUUUUUAUUUUACCGUCCAUCUCUACUCUCAGAAUCUAUCCUGUUUCCUUUCAGUCUAAAAGGAAGGCAAGGAUUUAAAAGCACAACCUUUUCUAAAAAUGCAUGUUUUCUCAGGUUUCAAUAUAGUCUCAAUGGUUUAAUAGUAUAUGGUGAAAAUAUAUACAAAGAAUAUAAAAAUUAUAAAUUUUGUUGCUGUUUGAAACUGAAAAACAAAACUGAAGAGAAAAUAACCCAAACAGUGCCAGUGAAAGGGCUGCCGCCAUCCUUGUAUGAAACUCUGCUGUUUAGCUGUGACUGCGCAAUGUUUUUCAAUAUAGGAUAUUUUAUCUGAAAAUAGAACUAUUUAUCAUUAAUAUUAAAGCAAUAGCGCAUUAAUGGUGAUGAGUGUGUUGAUGAAGAAAUGGAUGAGCAUAUUAUGGGUAAAUGUUAGAUUCACAUGUGGUGGAAUUUUGUACUUUAUUUAUUAUUACUACUAAUAAUAAUGAUAAUGAUUUCAAAAGUUGCAUUGCUAAACCCAAACUGUUCUGUUUUUUAAUUUUAUUUCAUGGCUUGUAUAUUAUCCUUUUGUAUGUGCUCUUUUUGUAAUAAAUUGGAUAAAAUGGA